AUGCCUUCACCGAGUGCAACACGAGAAUGUCCUCCAUGUAAUCCUGGCAUGGCGAAAGAUUCAAAUGGCGUUUGUGUUUUCUGCCCAACCGAACACUUUUCCCAGGGAGAUGCUUGCAUACGCUGCCCCGUGGAGACGGUGCCAAAUUAUGGCUACGAGUACGUUCAGUGGGACACCAUUCCUCCAAAUAUUGUGACUCGUUGCGAGUAUAUUAGCGAAGGUAUUGUGGUCAAUUUCAACGAGAAAAAGUUUGAACAUAGCAGUGAGUGUGAGGAAGCAAAGUAUGAAUAUGAGGAGAAGCUUCGCUCAAGAUUUAGUAGUCCUUCGACGCUCGUUGAUGUUAAAUACGUUGCAUGGUUAUGUAAUGCUGGAUUUGGACUACUAGCGCAGCGUAGCACACUGGCACCAAUUCCUCCAAAAAAUUAA